CGGCGAUAAACUUCUGCGCCUCUUGGGUGUGGAGCUGGGGGCAGAAGACCAAGAUAGGCCAUUUCAUCAUAUGGUUACAUUGAUAGGUCAGCGAUUCUAGAUCGACGUCGGCUGCCUGAAUCUAUAAGAGUGGCCAGUGGUAUUUUGUUCACGUUCCGCUGCCCCCGGAAACUUUUAAUAAAUCUGUGCUUGCGUGCUUGGUUUAACAACUUAUACAUACACCCCACUGCGUCCCCCGUGCAACAAGUUUGUAUCAAUAAAAUCACUCGACUGGAAUUAUAAAUCACAUAACCAUGCGUAUCUUCUCUGCCUUAAGCAGUCUCCUUCUGGCUGGAGCUGCCCUCGCCCAGAGCUCUGACUGCGCGCCCAAGUCCGGUGAUGUCCAGACGGUUCAGUUCGCCUGGGCUCUCCAGUAUCUGUCCGAACGAUUCUGGUCGUCUCAAUCGCUCAACCAGACCUUCCUGAACAAUGCCACCAAUGCCUCCAGCGCUAACUAUGAACCCAACUUCAGGGGCAUCACACGCGAGAAUCGUCUGGGCGUCCGUGCCGUGCAGCAGCUUGGCAAGGGCCUCUCCAACUUCACCGCUCCUCGGUGCAACUUCACCAUCCCCCCAGCCCAAGACGCCGAUAGCUUCCUCAAGAAUGCCCUACAGGUUGAGCAGACCGUCGCUGGCGGCCUCAUCGGCCUGGCCGCCUACACCCAAUCUCCCGAGGUCUCCUUCCUCCUAGCUCGCCUGGCUGCCCAGCACAGUGCGCAAGCCGCUUACCUCGGCUCUGAGCAGAACGCCACCUUCUUCCCUUCGAACAGCACCUCUUUGAUCCCCGCCUACACCCCCGACCAGAUCCUCAAGACCGGCAACCAGACCGGCAACCAGACCGGCCAGCUAGGUACCUACCUCAGCCAGUGCGUGACUGCGCCCUCCGGCCCCUGCGGCCAGAAGGUCAACAUUGGCCCCUUGGUUGCAACCCUGAACUCCACUAGCACUGGCGGUGGCAGUUCUAGCUCUGCAGCCCCCUCCAGCACCGCUACGGAGACGACGUCUGCCGCGACUUCGACUAGCACGACAACAGCUAGGAGCAGGAAGUACUUCUAAGCUUCGGAUCGAAGAUUACUGGGUCUAUCGACAAGUCAACCGCGACAAUCCGCCAAAGAUAUACUUCGCAACCUUCGUAGGGUUGAGAAAGAUUGAGUGAUACUUAUGGUGACCAUAAUUCACAUAUUAACUACUUUCUGUAAUCAUCUUGUUUUAAUGUCCCAGUGUGUGGGGUUAAUAUAAUGCGCCAAGUUUGGAUGGAUUCUGUGUUAUAGUUGGUUUAUAUAAUAGUUUAUAGUUUCUGGAUCUAUAGGUUAGGGAAUCAAUAUGUUUAUGAUGAGAGAUGGCUACUUGUUCUAACCCAAGCUUAAUCGCUGUUAACCAAUUGGUCAAUUCAGCGUAACUGAUUGACAUAGUAGAUCACGUAUCUUGUGGUAAAUGGACAUGUAUAGUAAGAUGGUGACUUUGUUAACCUUCGGGUUAGAGGGUCUUGGAACGUUGACAGUUUCAAAUAAGUUCUGUUGCCGGAGAAUCCUUUUUUUGACGUCUAGUGUACCAUGCCAGGACUUUUACCCAAUGUUUUUAAGAGAGAAUGGCCUCAAUCUCCCAGAAAGGUCGUUGGCAUUAUCGGUGUGGAACCCGCGGAGCGGAC